CAAAGAGCCACACGGCACCUAACCUCCCUGGCCCCCUCCCCAGCCGCCACCUUCCCCCUUCCCUUUGCCUUUAUACUCGUCGAAGGAAUUGAACUCCCUACCUCCGUCCUGCCUCGAGCAAUCCCCCUCUCCCUCCUUGUGAUCUCCGGGUUCCCGUCUCAGAUUCCCAGGUUCGAUCUUGACCCCCAGCUAUCCCCACCUGCCUCUGCCGUCCUCGAAUCCUUCGUCGCAGAGGCGCCGCUUUUACCUCUUCUUGCCGCGAUUUGAGAAGAAGACUUUAUUGAUCCGAGCAAGUCUUCUUGGGCGGGAAGAAAGGUGAGAUCUUGCAGAGGAGCCAUGAUACCUGCUGUGAAGCUCUCUCCGGCCGCCUUCUCUGUCACCAAUCAACGGUCUAAAUCAGCUUUUGUUCCGUCGGUGUCCAUUCUCAACAUGAAAAAAUUUGCGUCCUGCUCCCUUAGACCACUCUACCUCACACGGCUAGAUGACCCACACACUUCCGAGCUGAAGCCUCGGAGGCAGCUGCUUGACUUCCGGUGUGCAGCUUCAGCGGCUGAUGACAAGGAGUCAAAGGCUGAGGUGGUGCCAGCCAGCUCAGAAGCAGCACAAAAGUUGAAGAUUUCAAUCUAUUUUGCGACUUGGUGGGCGCUUAAUGUAAUCUUUAACAUCUAUAACAAGAAGGUUCUCAAUGCUUUCCCGUAUCCCUGGCUCACCUCCACACUAUCCCUCGUCUGCGGCUCAGCGAUGAUGCUCUUCUCAUGGGUCACCUGCCUAGUUGAGGCCCCCAAGACUGACUUGGAUUUCUGGAAAGCACUUUUCCCGGUUGCUGUGGCUCAUACAAUUGGACAUGUUGCUGCCACAGUGAGCAUGUCAAAGGUGGCAGUGUCAUUCACACACAUUAUCAAGAGUGCUGAGCCUGCAUUCAGUGUUUUGGUGUCAAGGUUCAUUCUCGGAGAGUCAUUUCCGAUGCCUGUAUAUCUUUCUCUUCUCCCGAUCAUUGGUGGUUGUGGUCUAGCUGCUGCGACAGAGCUGAACUUUAAUAUGAUUGGAUUUAUGGGUGCCAUGAUAUCGAACCUUGCAUUUGUUUUCCGCAACAUCUUUUCGAAGCGGGGCAUGAAAGGGAAGUCUGUCAGUGGCAUGAAUUACUACGCUUGCCUUUCAAUUAUGUCCCUGGUCAUACUCACACCAUUUGCUAUUGCUAUGGAAGGCCCCCAAAUGUGGGCCACUGGAUGGCAAAAGGCUCUUGCAGAUGUUGGCCCCAACGUUCUCUGGUGGAUUGGUGCACAGAGCGUUUUCUACCACUUGUAUAACCAGGUGUCCUACAUGUCUUUGGACCAGAUUUCUCCAUUGACGUUUAGCAUUGGCAAUACAAUGAAGCGCAUAUCAGUUAUUGUUUCGUCAAUCAUUAUCUUCCGUACACCUGUCCGCCCUGUAAAUGCACUAGGAGCUGCCAUUGCCAUCUUUGGCACAUUCCUGUACUCUCAGGCAAAGCAGUGAGGUUUAUUCUAUUGUUGAAGGUCAGGUUCAUGGACGAAGAAUGUCUGCAGAAAUAGUACCAAGCACUGGGGCAAAUUUUGCUUGUGCAAGUGUCUUGUAGAUACAGGUUUAGGUUUUCAUGCGAGAGGCGAUAAUAAUGAUGGACCAUGUUGCUGUUUCCUUGUUAUUUGUUAAAUCACAAACUGAACUCCUGUGGCCAUGAACUGUCGUUGUAUCCUGAAAUAAGAACUGCAUGGAAAUUCGUCUGACA